CAUCGAACCAACUAGCUUUCUCAAGUUGCGUUGCUAUGGCUCUUGAAGUCCAUACGUUUCAAGUACUGGCCACAACUUUCCUUAUCUUCUUGCCUAUAACUAGCCCCGCUGCCAACUUCAAUUUUCCGGCCGUUUUCAACUUUGGCGAUUCAAAUUCAGAUACUGGUGGCUUGGCUGCAGGAGUUGCUUUCCCGGUUAAACCACCUAAUGGACAGACCUACUUCCUUGAGCCAUCUGGGCGAUUCUGCGAUGGCCGUUUGAUCAUUGAUUUUCUAAUGAAUGCAACGGAUCUACCAUUUCUCAAUCCAUAUUUGGAUUCUGUUGGUGCACCAAACUUCCAAACAGGGUGUAACUUUGCAGCCGGGGGGGCGACCAUACUUCCGGCCAAUGCAGCCUCGACAUGCCCUUUUUCGUUUGGGAUUCAGGUUGCUCAAUUUGUCAGAUUCAAGGAUCAAGUCCUUGAAUUGCUAGCAAAAGACAAGAAACUUGAAAAAUACCUUCCCUCAAAACAAUCAUUCAGGCAGGCCCUAUACAUGUUUGAUGUGGGUCAGAAUGAUCUCGAUGGUGCAUUUUACUCAAAAUCAGAAGACCAAGUUCUUGCUUUGAUUCAGAUUCUCCUAACAGAAUUAGAGACUGGAAUUGAGAGAUUAUACAGUGAGGGUGCAAGGAAUUUUUGGAUUCAUAACACAGGUCCCCUUGGAUGCUUACCUAGAAUCAUCGCAAAAUUCGGAACAGACGCAUCGAAAAUCGACCAAUUAGGAUGUGUAAACUCACAUAAUCAUGCUGCUAAUCAAUUCAACAUGCAGUUGCAUGACCUCUAUACUAAAUUCCGGGUACAAUUCCCAGAAGCCAACUUCACUUAUGUUGACAUCUUCUCCAUAAAAUUCAACCUCAUUUCAAAUUACUCUCAGUAUGGAUUUAAACAACCUAUAGCAGCUUGCUGUGGAUGUGGUGGGCCGCCAUUGAACUUUGACAGCCGAAUUGCUUGUGGCCAAACAAAAGUUAUUAAUGGAAGCUCGGUGACAGCAAAUCCAUGCAAUAAUACUGCUGAAUACGUGAACUGGGAUGGAAACCAUUACACUGAAGCUGCAAAUGAGCAUGUUUCAUCACAGAUAUUAACAGGAAAUUAUUCAGAGCCACCAGUCUUAGGGGAUUGUGCACGGUAUCUUCCAGGACCCAAGUUCUUUGACCCAAAAACACUGUAAAAUGGUUCCUGGCGGUGAUAUCCAAGUCUUGGCACCAGGGAUUGCAAAGUGGUAUUGGAUGUAAACUGAAUUCGAUUUCCAUUUGUCUUUCUUUCUGGAUUGAAGUUGAUGAAUAAUUUGAAGGUCA